AUGUCCAGACACGUCACCUUCCCUUGGAGCCUAACCCAUUCCUCUGACAAGUGCUCUGGCUACAACGGUCUCCAAGAGUCACCUGACCCCUGGGUCAAUGGUCAAGAGCCCCUCCACGAGGACGGGACACUGCACCCGACAGAGCAUCACUCCCAGGUUCCAGCUCCAGAUCAAUGUGGAGUGUCCAGGUUUAAGUGGGAGGUGAGGGGGAUCACCCACAGUCUGGAGGCUCUCUGUCCCUGUGUGAUGUGA